AUGUACGAGGGAGACUCUUGGUACAAUGCCUUCGUGCCGCGCACGGCAAAGCCCCCCGAAAAGGCAAAGCACCGGCGGAGAGAGAGCCUGCUCAAACAGGAAAACGAGAGUCAGGCUGACUUGGAGCGCGUAGAAGCCAUCCCGGAGACGGUAGAAGAGGAGACACUGGGGAAACUCAAUGGCCCCCCACCUGCCACCGUGGCCAGACGCGCCAAAUCCUACAGUGACUUCUAUACCGUUGUGCGCGCGCAUUUGAAGAAGGAAAAGGCGCUAGAAAAGAAAAAGUCGAGGGAAGACAUCAGCACCGAGCUGGAGUUUGCCGAAUGGUAUGGCGGAGUUAGCGACGAGCUGCUUGAAGCCAGCCAUGAAGAGUACACGCUCUAUCAGAACCAGCUGCGCAUGACGCGGAACCACCUUGAGAACAUCAUCUCUGAUACCUCGUCCACGCUCGAUAUCCUCUCCUCGCUCUCCGAAUCCUUCAAGAUUGUCGAAGCCCAGACAAAUGCCUUCCGCACCCAGUGUGAGGGCCUGAUCGACGACCAGAAGCGCAUAACGAAACUUGCAGACGACAUGGAACAGAAUCUACGAUACUAUCUGUAUCUCGAGCCUACAACCAAACGCCUUAAUGCUCCAGGCGCGGGCAAGAUCGUGCGUGGCAGCGAGUUCGUCGAGAUGCUGGCAAAUCUGGACAGCUGCUUGGAAUACAUGCAGGCGCAUUCGAAGCACAAGGAGGCGGAGACAUACCGGUCGAGAUACCGCUUACUCCUCACCCGUGCUCUUACCCUUAUCCGCGUUCACUUUACAGAGGCACUUCGAGAGAUUGCAGCUGACGUGGCCAAGAGAAUCGCCGAUAGACAACUGAACGACACCACCAUGUCCGCCUUGCUAUACGCCAAAUUCCGCGUCGGUGCGCCAGAGCUGAAGAGCAUAGGGAUGGAGAUACAAAAACGAGCAGUUCUACCCCCUGGAGCUGCGCCAGGUGGAGAAGCAGAGUAUCAGAGUCUGAUGAAUGAGCUGUACCAAAGCUACUCAACUACCCGCGGGCGCCUCAUCCUACCAAUCGUAACCAAAAAGAUUGGAGAAAUCGCACAAGCUCCAAGUACCUCGACCGAUUUGGUAGCUUUUGCUCGAAGCAGCAUAAGCUACAUACGCGGUAUAUGUUUUGACGAGUGCGACUUAUGGCGUGAAUGGUUCGAAGGCGAUGGUGGCCUGUACGACUUUCUGGAGGCUGUCUGUGAGCCUUUGUACGAUUAUCUCCGACCGCGAACUAUCCACGAGACACAAAUCUUGAAGCUCUGCGAAUUAUGCACCAUGAUACAAACACGAUACAUGGAAGAAGAUGAAGAGGAUUCACCUGUCGAAGCAAACAAACUCGACUUUACCGUCAUAGUACACCCUGCCCUGGAAGACGCGCAAAAUCGAUUAGUGUUCCUAUCUCUUGCAAUACUACGGGACGAUAUUGAACGCUACAAGCCAAAGCCAGGGGAUCUUGAUUAUCUCGCAAAGAACAAGAAGCUAGCCGCCUCAGGAGCCAAGUCAAACCAGCCAGCAUUGUCUGGAAAAAAGCAACCAAAGUCCGAACUUCCACCUACCCCCUUGCCAAAAACGCCCACCAUUGUCGAGGAAGACGAUCCCGAUGCUGGAUGGAACUUCAACACUGAAGCUGCGUUCAAGGAUUGGUAUCCUACAUUGCGGAAAGCAAUUUGGCUGCUCAGCAAGAUCUACAGACUUGUUCAUUCGUCCGUCUUCGAUGAUCUAGCCCAUCGUGUUGUGCAUAGUACCACAUUGUCACUCGUACAGGCUAGCACUCUCCUCACCAAGUCUGCCUCGCCUACAGAUGCCGCUCUCUUCCUAGUUUCACACCUGCUGUUGUUGAAACAACAAAUUGUCGCGUUCGACAUUGAGUUUGUCACGCCCGAAACUACAGUGCAAUACAACUUUUCCAGCGUCACAGAGACCUUUUGGGAGCUCCGUGCUCGUGGCGGUCUAUUCAACCCGCGUAACCUCGUCGGCCUACUCAUUCCAAAGGUCGUGGAGAACAUGUUGGAUGCAAAAGCAGAAGUGGAUGCUCGUCUACGACAAGCCAUCAAUGACUUCACCGGGCAAUUCGUGAGCAGAAUGACGGCACCAAUCGAGAUGAAGAACAACAAAAAGGUACCACCAAACGAAGCGCCAGCCCGCGCAAGCAAGAUACGGCAGAAUAUCGAGCAUGAAACACCAUUCCUAAGAUCAAAACUCGAAGAGUACAUCACCGACGCGCGCACCCGCGAAAUGCUCGUAGCAGCCGUCAUGGAAUCUGUGACUCAGAAAUACGAAGAUUGGUACGACACAUCCUACUCACCAUCGAUUUCAACCCAGAACGGCGCCAGUAGAGGUAAAGGCAAGGGUAGGGAAGACGGGGUCUGGGAUCCAGACGUGUUUAGCGAAUGGUGCGCGAACGUCUUCAAGGUGGGGACGCUGGGUUUGGGUAUAAUGGAUAACGGGCAGGAAGACUAUCAAGACGAAGAUGAUAGCGAUACGGAUAGUAUGGGCGCUGCUAGUGGUAGGACAGGAACUGAUAGGAUGGGUAGCUCGGGGUUGAGGAUUAAGAUGUAA